CUUCAUCCAGCGGACAAACAAAUCAGAUAAAUGUAUACAUAGAUAUGAUGAAUGUCAUUCAAGUGUGUUUAAUCACACAUCCUGUCAUAAGCCUCUGUUGGUUAAUUGAAUGCUGGAAUGGAACAUUAAUUCAAUGGACUUUAGAUUGUAGACGGUUCCAGAUCAUUGUUUUGAUUUUAGAAUUAAAGGAGGACAUUUUAUUAUCAUAUUGCUGUAAGUUAUGAUUGCAGCUGGGGACAUCAACCUCUCAUUGCCAUAUUUUACCUGCUUUUGACAGAGGAUCUUGCGAACCUUGCAGGCGAAUGGAAAGUCCUAGAAUAUUGCCCAGGCAUCAGCAAACUGCAAAGUCUGUGGCUGGUGAUCUGCCUACCAGUGUUGAGGAAAUCAAGCUGUGCUGGAAGAAGUUUGACGGGGCUGGUUUGAAUUUCCUCGAGCAGACUUGCAAGCAGCUGACCGGGAACAAGUUUGAGAAAGUGGCCAAAGAUGUCAUAGGACUUCUUGGACCAGUGUUCCAGUUUGCAGAGUCAGAGCAAGUACUGGGCAGAUUGCGAGAAAUCGAGAAACGUAUAAGGCAGUCAGAGAAGAGCGCCACCCAGCAAACAGAAGGUCUCCAUUGUCUGUUGUUGUUCAUUAAGCUGCAGACGGACUACCAUCAGAUGUGUUCCACGCUGCUUUCCACCGCCAUAGAACACCUGCACUCUAUGUGUCGCGAAGAAACAAAUCUUGAACUAGCCAAUCAGUUGAAGACGCUCGACCUGAGUGCAGCUAAUUAUGCAAAAGCGAAAAAGCCUUCGACAUCAGGAAGGAGUUCCCCUCGAACGACUAAGCCUGGUCUGAAGGCGUCCAUUUUCUCAUUUUUUGAACGUAAAAAUGUGGCAGAGGAAGGCGGAAACAGUUCGUUCUACGUUGAUAUUGACGAUGUCACAGAUCUGAAUGAUGGUGGAACAAACUGUGAUACGGAUGUUUUGGAGGAAAAAGACUCAUACGCAACUUCUGGCGAGAGGUUUGUUGUUGAGCAAAGCAAACCUGAAAUGCUGAUUGACUUUGGCACGGAGCCAGGGCCUGAUCUGAAAGAAGAUUCUGAACUUUGUCAGAAAUCAGAUGGCAGUGUCUUAACAGCGUUAACAACGAGGGAAGAUGGACAUGUUGCAUCUCGGGAAGAGCUUGACAGUGUCAUUCGGUUCCUGUCCGGUGGUAGCGAGAGUCCCUAUGGUGACACGGUACUUGUCGACUCCAUGUCGAGUACUCAUCUCAACUCAAACUCGUAUGGGAAGAGUCAUGGGGACCUUUGCGAUAUGGACAAAUCAUCAAAAUCCAAGAUGGAGGGAGGUCAGCCCAGGUCAGAGGGGUCGAUAAACACAGGGGGUUUCAUGGCUGAUUGGCACGGGAAUGGAGCAACAUUGCCAGUAAGACACACUUACAAUACUCCACACUUGUCGUGUGAUUACACUACGCCACCGCCCCCAUACUUCUCUGGCAACCAGUAUAGACCGAACACUCUGCCACCAGGGGGCGCUGGCCAUUUUCAGGGAGCCUACAGCAUGGGUUUUCCGGAUCCAAGUCUCAAUCGGGCGUGGCCCAUUAAUAACCUCGCUGUGUCCGGGUCUGUGAUGAACACGAUAUCAGGCAGUUGGUCAGGGGGACAUGACUCUGACGAGGCCAGUGACGAUUCCUCUGUCGGUGGGGAUCACUUACAGCAGAGAAAUUACCUCCAAGACCUCAGGUCCAGCAAGACUGAAAGGGCAGAUAGUUUGCAAUACAGUUGUAACAACCACCUUGGACUCAUGAAUCAACAUAGUUACGAGGAUUUGCUGGACUCUCGAUCCAACACGUGGCCCCAGAACUUACAUCCCUGGUCCCACGCUUCCAUGAAUAUAGAUCUGCUAGCCACGCAGGAAUACUCACCACCUGGGCACCGGCCUGUCAGCGUGCAGAUGAGCGAUCCAAUGUCCAGCAGGAACCUCUGGCAGAACUUUGGUAGUGGUCUCAAUCAACAGGAACAGUAACGAGUGUGAAUUGGGUCUCAUUCCAAUCUAGUUGAACCCUUUGCAUGCUGGGAAAUGUGUUGUCUGCUAAAAUGUAGUCUGCUGAAUUUCUUAAAUUAGCAUUUUAUUCUUUAUCAGAAUAGCAAACAGUUUGGAUCCUGAUGAGACGCCAUGUUCUGUGGUGUCUCAUAUGGAUCCAAACUGUUUGCAAAGGUCUUGAAAAUUUGGUUCCAGCACUGAAAGAGUGAAAGAAGUAAUGGUUGAAAGAUGUGUUUGACAGUUUGACAGGUCCUAUAUGUAAAUAAGAUUUGGCAAAUUAUUUAGGUUUACAAUAAAUAAUAAUUUGUCAAUGCUCUUGUGCACUUUUGUAAUUUCAUUUCAAUUGAAAAUAUGAUGAGGCUUGAAUAAGCUUUCUAGAUCUACAGAAACAAUUGAGGGGAAGGACUACAGCUCCUCAUUAUUUUGGAGCUAUUAUGCUUGGUAUUGCUUUGUGCAGAGCACAUUGACAUUGAGUAAUUUUUUUGCACAGAUAACUCAAAAUGUAUUGGAAGAAUUCAAAAGAUUUUUUAUAUAAUGAUAUGAUAUAUCAAUAUAUGCCGACAUGUUAAUCUAAUUUUGGAUUACACAAGAGCCUUAUUAUUAUUGGUUUCUAUGCAAGUACUGCUAGUAGUUAGAGACGGUGUAAGAAUCAAUCUGUGCGUAGAUCCGUUCUAUAAAUGGGUAAUUUGAAUAUCAAUAUAUCAUUAAUUUGAAUAUAGACACAAUUUUUUUUUAAACUCAGUGUUCACAGGAAAGUAUAACUUAAAGUGUACAUAUGUGAAAACCUAAGAUUAAAUAUUCCAUUAGAAAGCUCACAGGUGUUUAGUGUGUGGCUAUGGUUUUAAUUAGUAAAACAUCAUUUUUAGUGAAAAAUAAUAAAAUUAUAACGAAAAAUCAACUUCCCUGAAAAAAAAAAUUUCACUAUUAAAUAUAUAUAUAUAUAUUUGAUAGUGAUUUUUUUUCCAUUCAAAAUGAUGUUUUUACUAUAUAAUUAAUAUCAUAGCCACACACUUACCACCUGUGAGAAAGCCUAUGUUUUCAGCUUACAAACUGAUAAACUAUUAAUUAUUUCUGCAAUGUUUACUUGUUGACAUCAGCAAAAAUGAGCACUUACCUAAGAAAUUUCUUAAAGUUGACUCUUAGUUCACAACAAAUUGAUUGUCAGAUUUGCCGCAUCUAAAUUGUGUAAAAAAAAUAAAAAAUAAAGCUGUUGUUUUUUUCUAUUGAUUUUGUUAAGUCUACAUUUGUCAUGGCAGAGACUGUUUAUUUUUUCUUAAACAGUUAAUAGAACAAGAUUACAGCUUUCAUUAAAAUGAAUGAGUUUGGCAGAAAUCUUCAACAAAUAUGCGAGUUUUUUUUCUGUGGUCGAAACUUGUCUCUGAUAAAUUUUUUUAUAUAUAUACUUUAUAAAUAUUUUGUUCUUCAAUGGGUGUGGGCCCUUUGAACAACUGAUGAGUUUGUUGUGGUCUAAGGGGCUUUGUGAACAUGGUAAAUUCUGCUAUGCCCACAUGAACUGUGUUGUUUGUUAAUGGCAUUAUGAAUACAAUGAUGUAUUUAUUCUGUACUUUUAUGUCAAACUUGUGUUCCCUUACUAGUUGCCUUUCAGAUGUGUUUGCUGUUUUAACGAAUAAGGUGCUACUUGGAAUUUUAUGGUUUGUCAAACUGAUGUGCAAUAUACAUUUAUAUAUAAAA